UGUUGUGAUAAACUUAUUAAAUAGAUAGAUUGUGAUGCUUGUUCUGGUGAUAGGCGAUCUGCAUAUUCCCCACAGGGCGGCCAGUCUACCGGCUCAGUUCCGCAAACUCCUCGUUCCAGGUAGGAUAAACCACAUCGUAUGCACUGGGAACCUGGCCUGCAGAGACGCCCACGAGUACCUGAAGAGUCUGGCUUCGGAUCUUCAUGUGGUCCGAGGAGACUUCGAUUUGGACAGUGGAAAUUACCCCGACCAGAAAAUAAUAUCAGUGGGUCAAUUUUCAAUCGGAGUCUGUCAUGGACACCAGCUGAUUCCCUGGGGGUCCACGACUGCUCUUGAGAUGCUACAGAGACAACUAGGAGUGGACAUUCUGAUCACUGGACAUACACACAAACUGGAAAUAUUCGACAAAAACGGAGUGUUCUAUGUGAACCCUGGAUCAGCCACUGGCGCCUACAGCAGUAUGGAGAGCCAACCGGUGCCCUCUUUCGUACUGAUGGACAUACAGCAGUCGACAGUGGUGACAUACAUAUACAAAUUAGUAGACAGUGAAGUGAAGGUGGAAAGGAUUGAAUUCAAAAAGCCAUGAUGACGAUGAGAGAGAUAUGAACUUGAAUGAAGUUAUUGUACAGCUGGUGAAUGUUUGGAAAGACGAAAAUUAUUUCAUUGAGAUUUGGAAGAAUUUUAGACCGCCUAUAUCAAACAGCACUCGCAAGAAACCUAAUUUAUACAGCACCGAGUAGUGUUGAAAAAAAAGAUAUGCAAAUACAAAUAAAAGUAAAUCUUCAUUGUUGGUUCAAACGUCUUAACUGCUGGUUCAAACGUCUAAUUCAAAUCAUCCAAUAGCUUUUUUAAAUGGUUUCGUCUCUCCAUUCUUUCUGCGGCUUUAUCAUACUCAACUUAAGUUCCUUUAAAGUUGAUAGCUAUGUCGAAAAUCGUGACUCUUUCAGUCUGACAGGACAUUUUUAGGUUUUAGAAGAAGCUUUUUUUGACGGGCUGUUUUAACCGCAAAUAGAAUUUUUAAUAAGCAAAUUCAGUUGGCUUAAAGGAGUUAGAAUGCUUUUUGAUGCGGAGUCACGGCGGCGUGCUAAAAAUUACUGAUUUCUUGUAUAAUUUAUCAUUUUCUGUGUAUCAAAUUUAUAUAGAUUAUUUUUAAUACAAUUGCAGUACAAAUUUACAUAUGAUUUAA